UGUCCAAUGGACAGAGUGAAUAGUAUCCACCACGGAACAUGUGUUUAGCAUUUUAUUUUAUCACAGUUCUUAUCAUUAGUGUUUCGGCAGUCGUCUGACCUCUCGUUGCAGCCUCUAAUAGUCCCUGUUGACCCUAAAAAAAACUGUCAGUUGAAUUGGAUAGUGUACUAAGUAAAAAAUGGCUUGCAUCUUACAUCUUGUGAAGGGUCUACCGAAAAACGCUCUGAAAACCAAGCCUGUUCAAGUCUGGAAAUCUGAGGCUACCAAUUUAACGUGUUGCACACGAAAAGCCAGAACAUUCGGCUUUAGAGAAUUAUCAACUGCAUCCAAAGAAUUGUGUCACGAGAAGUCUACCUAUUAUACUUUGUAUAGUAAUAGGUGUUUUAAUCAAUGCCGUUUCUUCCAAACUACUUCAGCACUUUGCGAAGAGCAUGUAUUAAAAACUCCAGCUUUUGCUGAUUCUGUCUCAGAAGGUGACAUCAGAUGGGAAAAAAACAUUGGCGAAGCUGUAGUUGUAGAUGAAGUCGUUUGUGAAAUUGAGACCGAUAAAACGGCAGUUCCCGUUCCUUCCCCAGUUAACGGCAUUAUUGCAUCGAGAUUGGUAGAAGAUGGAGCAACAGUUAAAGCUGGACAGGAUCUCUGUACAAUUACAAUUACUGAAGGAACUCCAACACCAAAAGCCCCUCUUAAGGCAGAUACUUCGAAGUCCGUGGAGGAACCAGCUGCUAUCGCUACGCCACCUCCACCCCCAUCCUCUGCUCAGGUCUCUGCCCCGCCACCACCACAACCAACUGCUCAGUCUACUCCACCCCCUAGAGGAACUCCCUCUCUUCCACCCAUUUCACAAAUCAACAUGCAACACAACCCUACUGUUAAGUUACCACCGGCAGAUCCUACAAAAGAAAUAUCGGGUACCCGAUCUGAAUACCGUGUGAAAAUGAGCCGUAUGCGUCUACGUAUCGCCGAACGAUUGAAAGACGCUCAGAAUACCAACGCGAUGUUGACUACAUUUAAUGAAAUUGAUAUGAGCACAAUUAUGGAAUUCCGCAAAACAAAUCUGGAAGCGUUUCAAAAGAAACACGGGUUGAAAUUAGGUUUUAUGUCCGCAUUCUUAAAAGCAUCGGCAUACGCCUUACAAGACCAACCUGUAGUCAACGCCGUUAUUGAAGGCAACGAGAUAAUUUAUAGAGACUAUGUGGAUAUCUCUGUUGCAGUAGCUACUCCUAAAGGUUUGUUAGUACCCGUUGUACGUGAUGUGCAAAACAUGACCUACGCAGAUAUUGAAAAAACAAUAGCGGCACUUGGAGAAAAAGCGAAAAAAGGAGCGAUUGAUGUAGAAGAUAUGGAUGGCGGUACUUUUACAGUCAGUAAUGGUGGUGUAUUUGGCUCAUUAUUGGGCACUCCAAUCAUUAAUCCACCUCAAUCAGCUAUUCUUGGAAUGCACGGAAUUUUCGAAAGACCCAUUGCUGUCAAAGGACAAGUUGUCAUAAGACCAAUGAUGUACAUUGCGCUGACAUAUGAUCAUAGACUUGUCGAUGGCCGUGAAGCGGUGUUGUUUUUACGCAAGAUAAAAGCUGCCAUUGAAGAUCCAAGGAUAAUGAUUGCAGGAUUAUAAAAAUUAAAUACCAUAAAACCAUUUGUACUUAGUUAAAUAAGCCCUAUAAUUAAUUUAUUAUUUUGAAUUUUUCUCUACGGUUCUUACAAUAUAGAAUUACGCUUAUGUAGAACAUCUUCUUGACUGAAAUACAUAAUAUAUGCCAUCCCCACUAUUUAAUUGUGUAUAGUAGUUGUUAAAAAUAUCAAUAUGCUUUACAUUCAUUGAAAUAAACCAAUUAAUUUACAAAAAAUAUGAUGUAAUUACGGACGAGUAGAAAUAUUUAUUAAGAUAAUAAUACAAAAUAAAUAAUUUAUUAAAU